AUGAAUGUCAUAGGUGAGAUGCCUUUCAAGAAUUGUUUUGGACUCGUCGCCGACGAACUCCGUUCGAUCUAAAUGAGCCGAAAACAAGUGACAGCCGGUCACUUUUUCAUUACGUGUUGUUAUUUUGACCGCGGAAUUGGAGUAAUCCUGAUUAGUUAGUCGCCAAUUACUGUAUUAUCACUAAAAUUGCGUAACUUUCCGCGGAUCCUACAGUGAAAACUGAUAGUAACUUCGCGGAGUUCACAGUGAUUAACCUUUCUGAAUAGUUAUUUUUCGCCAAUUCUACAGCAAUUACCAAUUGCAAGUUUCGCGAUUCUACAGUGAUUACAAAGCAUUUGCAGUCAAAGUAAGCUACCGUACGUCCUUCGUCGAGAACUUUCUUUUGCUACAGAAACUACCAUUGAAAUUACAAAUUAUUGUCUAGGCAGUACCUUCAUGGAUCUCAACAUAGAAAACAAGAAGAGACAAAUACACUUUCACGGUGUUAUUGUAGACGAGAAUGGUGAAGAUGACAAUGAAGACAUAGCAUACAUAAAUGUACAGAUAGUGUGGUAAGUUUUUACAUAUAAUUACUUUUUUUUGGUAUAAGGAUGUCAUAACAAAUAAAGAACGCCAAUAAAAAAUUAUAAAAACAAAGUUUUAAAUAUUACCCUUUAGGUUCUACGUAAUAAACUACUUCGUACUAUUCCUCUUUGCUAUGUUAGCCAUAUUCUUUGCUGAAACAGAAUACGACCCGCAGACCAAUUUUUUGCUUAAUGCAACAUACCGUGUACUACAUGAAACUAUAGGAUACUGUAUAGUAAGUAAAAAAAACAAUAACUAAAACAGAUUGUCAUUACCCUUCUUGAUUAAAACUUUAUAUGACACUUGUAGGAACUAAAACCGCCAACCCCAUACAUCAACUGGCUCUCGAUAUUAAGGAUGGUAGACACUUAUGUCAUAUCUAACAUCAUGUUCAGAUUGGCGUGUGGUCUUUCGCUGUGCUACAGAAUCUUCAUGCCUUGGGCAUUAUGGUAAGACUUACUAUGUAAACCAAUGCUUACAUUGUUUUAGGGCCAAACUUGUAUUUUACUGUCCAAGGUCACUGUCGUUCAAAAUCGGUGCAGCUGUCAUGCUAAUACUACAAAAGUUGGAAGUGUGCUGUUUGAUGAUCUUCUCCAUCAAUAUGCUCAAGUUUGAUUAUAAAUGUAAGUUAAACUAAUGUAUUAUAAUACACACUAAGAAAACGCAAUGUAAAAAUGAACAUAGUAAGAAUUUUUCGUGUGUCUUGUGUAAGGCCGAAACAUACGAAAAGUGAGACUGUGAUAAGUCUUAUAUAUGUUAAAUUAAGAAGAUUUUUUAGGAUAUUCAACUAGAAUAGCAAAACAUAAUGUUUUUCUUUUAAGUUGAUAUAAUUAUAACAUUUUAAUUAUUAUUAUUUUAAAACUUUGCAAAACUGGAAAGAAUUUAACACUUACCACGACAUUGCAGAUGUCUACUACACCUGUUUUGUCACUUGGCUGAUCGCCAAUCCCUGUAUCAUGUUUUUAUCGUCAUGGCUUCAGUGCUACGAUCCAUUCGAACAAGGUAUCGACCGAUUGUCAAUCAUAACAAAGAUAGGUUCAACCAUUAUAUUCAUCUUCUACGCUCCACAGUUCUACUUUACGCACAACAACUUCAUAUGGGCACCAAAGUGUCAUCCUUAUGUUCGAGCAUCUGAAGCUCUCGUAGAGUAUUUCGUGUUUAUGGCGUACUUUGUCUUCAACCUAUGCUUAUUACCCGACAUACGAGACAUCAGAGGGUUAAUCUAUCCACGAAGUAUAUCUGGAGAAUGCGAAAAAAUAAUACCGUGUAAUUACCGAAAAGGCGCCAGAUACGAACGAGGACAUUGA